AUGGCUUUCUAUCUAUACGUUGUUUUGGCUUUCGUAGCCGCAUGUUACGCUGAAGCAGCCAGCAACGUAGCAUCUCCAAGCUUUGUGUGCAAAAGUAAUAAUGCUUACUACAAAAUAGACGCCAGCUGCGAUUCAUAUAUACAGUGCAAUGGCUACGUUCCUACCACGUUGACAUGUCCCGAUGGCCUUCACUACAACCCCGACGUCAAAUGGCCUAACUACCCUUGCGGAUACCCUAUGGACGUCCCUUGUUUGGGACGUGCAACUCAGCCCGCGCAAUCUACUCCUGAUUGCCCCCACAAAUAUGGCUACUUCCAAUCACCCAUCGCCUCCUCAGAGGAUUGUGGUCAUUUCCGCCUGUGUGUUGACGGUCAUCCCAUGGAAAUGGAGUGCCCCUCAGGCCUCGCGUUCAACCCUUCCAGCGGUCGUUGUGACUGGCCCGAUCAAGUGCCUUCUUGCAAAGCUAACGAUUUCCUUGGAUUCUCCUGCCCACCUGCUCCUCUUGGUGAAAACGGCGAGCUCCUUGAUGUCAUCUAUAAUUUCAAGCAUCCUGACAGCUGCUUCUACUUCUUCUCUUGCCAGCAAGGUCGCGCACGUUUGCUGUCAUGUGAUCCCGGUUUGGCAUUCGACGCUGCUUCAAGCCGUUGCGUAGAUGAAGAUUUAGUUCAUUGUUCACACCAAUGA